CUUUCAGCUCGGAGGAGGCCAAAGUGCAACUUUCUCUGGUCGUUGCGAAUCCGGGUUCAUCCAACACCAGCCGCCUCCACCAUGCCGCGGAAGUUCAACCCCAGCGACAUCAAAGUCGUAUACCUGAGGUGCACCAAAGGUGAAGUCGGUGCCACUUCUGCCCUGGCCCCCAAGAUCGGCCCCCUGGGUCUGUCUCCAAAAAAGGUUGGUGAUGGCAUUGCCAAGGCAACGGGUGACUGGAAGGGCCUGAGGAUUAUAGUGAAACUGACCAUUCAGGACAGACAGGCCCAGAUUGAGGUGGUGCCUUCUGCCUCUACCCUGAUCAUCAAAGCCCUCAAGCAACCACCAAGAGACAGAAAGAAACAGAAAAACAUUCAACACAGUGGGAUGAUCACUUUUGAUGAGAUCAUCAACAUUGCUCUACAGAUGCGGCACCGAUCCUUAGCCAGAGAACUCUCUGACACCAUUAAAGAGAUCCUGGGGACUGCCCAGUCUGUGGGCUGUAAUGUUGAUGGCCGCCACCCUCAUGACAUCAUAGAUGAUAUCAACAGUGGCGCUAUGGAAUGCCCAGCUAAUUAACCACAAAGGAAAAUAUUUCAAUAAAGGAUCAUUUGACAACUGGUCGAAAAAAAAAAAGUUAAAAAAGAUUAAAAUGUUACAUCAGCCUUGGCAAGUGGGAAAAAAAAUAUUAAGUUUAUAAAGUAAAAUAGUUAUAGUAAACUAAGGUUAAUUUAUUAUAAAAGAACUAUUUUUUAUAAAUUUGGUGUAGCCUAACUGUACCAUGUUUCUAAAGUCUACAGCAGUGUACAGUAAGGCCCUAAGCCUUCACAUUCACUCACCACUCACUCACUGACUCACCCAGAGCAACUUCCAUUCAAACAUGCUCCAUUUAAUGGUUAGUACCCUGUAUAGCUGUACCAUUUUUUAUCAUUUAUAUUGUAUUUUAACUGUACCUUUUCUAUGUUUAGGUAUGUUUAUAUACACAAAUGGUUACCACUGUGUUAUGUUACCUACAGUGCUUCAGUAUAGUAACACGCCACACAGGCUUGUUGCCCAGGAGCAAUAGGCUAUCGCAGAUAGCCUAGGUGUGUAGCAGGCUAGAUCAUCUAGGUUUCAGUAAGUACAUUCUAUGACGUUUCCACAAUAAUGCAUUUCUGAUCAUGUAUCUGCAUUGCCAAGUGACACAUGACCAUAACUUUUAUACUGUAUUUUUUGGUUUUAUUUUUUAUUUUCCAUGAAUAUUUUCUUGUUUUUUUUUUUUUUUUUUUGAGACCAAGUCUCGCUCUGUCGCCAGGCUGGCGCAAUCUCAGCUCACUGCAACCUC